AUGGCUAUGUCACUAGAGAAAGACCGUGAUGGGCAUCCACGGUUUCCAGGAUGCUCAAACAUCACCGAAUAUACCUUUGUUGGGAAGCUCGGAGAAGGUACUUUUGGUGAGGUCUACAAAGCAAAGUCCAAAAAAGACAACACUGUUGUGGCGCUGAAGAAGAUUCUUAUGCACCAUGAGAAGGAAGGCUUCCCAAUCACGGCUAUUCGAGAGAUCAAGCUCAUGAAAGCACUUUCCCACAUAAACAUUUUGCAGCUCAAAGAGAUGGCAAUCGAGCGAGGCAAAGGCGAGGGCCGAAAAAAGCCCAGCAUGUACAUGGUUUUCCCAUACAUGGAGCAUGACCUUUCAGGACUUCUGGAGAACCCAGCAGUCCAUUUCAGUGAACCACAGAUCAAAUGCUACUUGAUGCAGCUCCUCGAGGGGCUCAAAUACUUACAUGGACAACGCAUUUUACAUCGUGAUAUGAAAGCUGCAAAUUUGCUCAUCAGCAAUGGCGGAAUCCUACAAAUAGCUGAUUUCGGCCUUGCACGGCCCUAUGACGAUGCACCUCCACUUCCUGGGAAAGGCGGAGGAGAGUCCAAGAGAGAAUACACGGCGCUCGUGGUCACAAGGUGGUACCGCCCUCCCGAGUUGCUGCUGCAGCUUCGAAAGUACACUACAGCCAUCGAUCUUUGGGGAGUUGGCUGUGUUUUUGGCGAAAUGUUCAAGGGGAAGCCCAUUCUCACUGGUAACAGCGAUCUGAACCAGGCUCAACUAAUCUUCAAUCUUGUGGGCACUCCCACAGAAGAAAACAUGCCCGGAUGGAGUGCGCUCCCUGGCUGUGAAGGAGUGAAGAACUUUGGAUACAAGCGAGGCAAUCUGGCUGGAUCCUUCCAAGAAUUGAGCCCAACGGCUAUAUCAUUACUCGGAGAGCUCCUGCGUCUCGAUUGGAAGAAGCGGAUCAACGCCAUGGACGCGCUCAAACAUCCUUACUUUACCACACCCCCGCUCCCUGCAAGACCUGGAGACAUCCCGAAAUUCUCAGACUCUCACGAACUCGAUCGCAAGAAAUUCCGUAACCAGCGGCCACCCGUACCGCCUGCGUCUCUGACGCCCCACCAAAUGGCGCCUGGCCAAGCUCUGGCUCUCGUGGACCCGACUCUCGACAUGGUCGUGUUCCUGGGCCGGGGCGCGGAGGCAGACCCCCUCCACCAACAAGCCAUGGACACCUUCAACGACGCGCUCCUUUCCCACCAUCAAGAGAAUCCGGCCUCCCUCCACGGCCUCCUGUGCCAUCUAAUCAACCGUGGGAGGGGCCCCCAUCCAACAGACCCGAUGGGAGAGACGAUCGGCGUGGACAAUUCCCCCCAGGCCGAUCAGGAGGCAGACCGACUAACAACAACCUGGACUCAUAUGUCCCAAACUACAACGAUCGCAAUGAUCGUCCAAGGGAUUCGGGAGAGCAUGGCUCUUCCAAUCCCGAUUGGCGUGCAUCAGGCCGCCGCGACUACAGACGUGAACCGUCACGGAGGCGAAGCCGAAGCCCUAGCUUCAGAGAGGCCAGUCGAGGCUGAGGCCCGAAUGUCGUAA